GUCUCGUCAGUUUAUCUCCGUGAAUCUUCAAAGUAAGAGAAAGUUAAUUUGGUGAGAGUAUUAAGUAAUUUUACUUUUAUUUUGUGGUUACAACAUAUAGCGUCAUAAUUUACAAAUAUAGUUACAUAACAGUCGUGUUAUUAUGUUCCACCUAAUUGUUUGAGAUUUGAUAUAAUCAGUAAAAUAAUAUACAACUCCCCAAAUGGCUCUUAAUGCGUUUUUAAAGAAAAGUGCGAUCUUGACAAGAUAUUUAAAUAGACAUGUAAUUAAAAACAAUGUAAGGCUGCUAUCUGUAGGACAACCAGAAUUAAGUAAAAAACAAGUGGAGGUUACAUUUAUAAAAGCUAAUGGAGAUAAGAUAAAAGCCAAGGGAAAGGUGGGUGAUAACCUACUGGAUGUUGUAUUAAAUAAUAACAUAGAUAUAGAUGGUUUUGGGGCAUGUGAAGGUACCUUGACCUGUUCAACUUGCCACCUCAUUUUUAAGCAAGAAGACUUUGAUUCCCUACCAAAAAAAGCAACUGAUGAGGAGCUAGAUAUGCUGGACUUAGCUUACGACCUAACAGAUACUUCCAGAUUAGGUUGUCAAAUUAUAUUGACAGAAAGUCUAGAUGGUUUAGAAGUAAGAGUUCCAAGUACUGUUAAUGAUGCAAGAAGCUAAAAUUUUCAGCCAGUUCUAAAGUUAUUUUAUAUAGAUAUAUUUUUAUAUGUUUAAUUUGUAAAUGAUUUAUGGUGUCAAUAGUUAUAUUAUUGAGAUUAUUAAAAUUGUUUUGAUCACAU